AUGUAUCGAAAAAAGAAAACUACAGUAAUAUCUACUACUACAACUACUACUGUUACUACUGAUAUAAAAACAAAUGAAAUAAAUGAUGAUAAAUUUUUACAUGAUCUUAAUUCUGAACAAAAACGCGCUGUUACUUGCCCAACAAAUCAAUCAACACUUGUUCUUAGUGGAGCUGGUAGUGGAAAAACUCGUGUAUUAACAUCUCGUAUUGCUUAUUUAUUAAAUAAUUGUGAUGUUAAACCAUAUCAAAUAUUUGCUGUUACAUUUACAAAUAAAGCUGCACUUGAAAUGCGUCAUCGAAUUAGUAGUAUAUUACCUGGCAUACAAUUAAAUGAUAUGUGGCUUGGAACCUUUCAUGGACUUGGUAAACUUUAA